AUGUCAUUCGGGAUCGCAAAUCGGUCGAAUCAGAUAAGCUUCCUGCCCGGGCCAAACCACCCUGAUGCCCGCCCCGGCACUCGUUUUGGUCCGCCCCGGCUCUGUUUAGGCCCCAAGGUCAGUGGUUGGAUCUUCGAAACAACCCAUGGCGAGGGAGGGCUCUUUCUAAUUGUGUGGACCGGUGAUUCCCGUUUGGGGAGCAGAAUGUUUGACCGACACUGCUCGCACGGCUCCACGCGCGCCUCGGAGCUUACCCUCAGCUACAACGGGGUCACAAACGCGGAAGACUACCGGGAGGGACUCACCAAUAAGAUGUGA